GGUGUUUCCCCAGCGCAAGGAAGCCAUCGCGCACGCAUGUGCAUCGCCUUCGGUUUUUCCUCUCUCAUCCGCCUUUGCUUCCCCGUCCGUCAAUCGUACAGCUCUUCUUUCAUCUCUUUUGGCUGAGCCAAAUCACUCUCUCUUAUCGGACAUGGCAUUUUUGUAUCCCUUGCUGUUCUCAACACCGUCAGCUUCCUGAGCCAACAAGAAGACAUUUCCAUUUGCCAGGUUUUACCUGGGUUUUCCUGCCCUCCGCCGCCCUCCUUCGCCAACAGAAAUGAAUUCCGACGCGGGACGCAUUUAUAGCAAGUUCAACAAUCGUGGUAUUCAUGGUUCGUACCAGCACAACGCCGACGAACAAUUGCGAAACUGGUUUAUCAACCCAACCGUGAUCAUCACGAUUGCCUUGCUCGCCGCCACCAUAGUGUACCAGGCGGCUCACCAGCAGCGCCGGCUUUCUUCGCUUCUCCAGCGUGCAUGUGACGCGGCCGUCACUGUGAUUCCGGCGCGCGUCGUUUUUGCUAUUGACCGUUUCUUGAACCCUCCGCCGUUUCCGACACACAUGCUCACGACGCAACCGCCGACACGUGCCGCCAAAAGCGAUGCCCUGAGAAGAAUUUUGGGAAUCGACAAUGCGAGCGGAAUUAUUGGUUCCGUAGCGCAGGCUGGGCGAAAAGGCCUGAGCGGUCUCACCGGCGCUUCGCUGAGGGGAGGAGCCGUGGCCGACCAGCCGGCUGGUCUGGGAAAUUACAACAAUUCUUGUUACCAGAACAGCAUCCUGCAGGGCCUGGCAUCCCUCACGCCUCUUCCGGCCUAUCUGUCUGCGGUCUCUCUCGAGAGGAGGCUCGAUCGGUCCCCCACUCGAACCGUCGAUACGCUACGCGAGCUGAUUGCCGAGCUCACCAACCCCUCGAGCAAUGGCAGGACACUCUGGACGCCGAAGGCGUUGACGAACAUGAGCACGUGGCAGCAACAAGACGCACAGGAGUACUACUCGAAGCUCCUCGACCAAAUCGACAAUGAGAUCGCCAAGGCUGCCCGUGCUCUCAAAGACGCAACCGGCUUUGAAUCCGACCGCACCGGCUACGACUCUUCUUCCAGCCAGCACAGCGAUGACAGUGGAUACCAAAGCUUGCAUAGCCACCCCAAGCCUGGGCCAGAGGCUGCUCGUCCUGCCCGGAACCCGCUCGAAGGGAUGAUGGCACAGCGCGUGGCUUGCGUUAACUGUGGUUAUUGCGAAGGGCUGAGCAUGAUUCCGUUCAACUGCCUGACGUUGACGCUCGGUAACCUCGCGGAACACGAUCUUUACGAGCGUCUCGACCAUUUCACCAAAGUCGAGUCUAUCGAGGGCGUCGAAUGCGUCAAAUGUUCCCUGAUGGUAGCUCGAGAUGUGAUAAAAUCUCUUGCCGAGCGUACCGGGGUCGUCCCCGAGUUUCAACAGAGACUGCAGAUUCUGGAAGAAGCCCUGGAGGAAGAGACGUUUGACGAAGAGACUCUGGCGAAGAAGUGCAAAAUCACGCCGAAGAUGAGGGCCAGCUCGAUCAAAACAAAGCAGGUCGUGCUGGCGCGCCCGCCACCAAGCCUAGUCUUCCAUGUCAACCGGUCUGGUUUCGACGAACAGACGGGCUACAUGUUCAAGAACUCGGCUGCUGUCCGCUUCCCUUUGCUGCUAGACCUAGGACCUUGGUGUUUGGGUAGCACCGAUGGCCAGGCGACCUCGAAAGGAGGUACGGCUACCGUUGGGGACGUUGAGCAGUGGACGUUGGACCCCAGGGUAUCAAUGGUAGCGGGAGAUCGGGAGCCGAGUAAGAUAACGGGCCCGAUCUACGAACUGCGCGCGGUAGUCACACACCAGGGACAUCACGAGAACGGCCACUACGUCUGCUACAGAAAACACCCCCUCUCCUCGCCCCCAACCACGAGCGACAGCGAAGGAGCGGCGACGCCAGUUGGGUCCGCGCCCGAGAAGAGUGUGGAUGCCGACGCCAUGGACCUAGACGACGAGACGGAGCCAGGGGAUGCCGAAAACAGCGCGAGCGAGGCAGAGGGGUCGUGCUCAAGCCAAGACGAGUCGCAAUCCCAGUGGUGGAGGUUGAGCGACGAGCACGGGGCCCAGGUGGAUGAGCGGACUGUUCUCUCCCAGGGCGGCGUGUUCAUGCUGUUUUACGAUCGCGUGGACCCCAACUCAAUCCUCAUUCCGGAUGCGGACGUGCCUGUCGUUGUGGAGCGAGCCUCGGAGGAUACCAAGAUGGCCGACAUGCCGCUUGCGGAACCAACACCAUGCCAGAGCCCAAGCGUGGUGCGGGAAGAUGGGGAAACCCUGGUGGAUUCGGACCCUCCGGUGCCGGUUGACAAUAGUCUUCCAUCGCCCGGGUUACCGACGCCAGUGAGUGGACCGGAUGAGAUAGCCGAUGUGCGGCAACCUUCGCCAUCGGAUUCUGAUGAACCCCCGGAAUGGCUCGCCCGUCCCGUCGUUGGGAAUUUGGAUCCCGCGAAGGAUAAGGACAUGGGUCAGAUGCCGCCAGAUUUUCCGCAGCCUCUCACUCAAGCCCCUGAAGUUUAGGCCACCGCAGCGUAUUGAAGAUGGAGGCGAGGAAUGGUGGGGGUCCAUUCCGGGUUGUGCUGCUUUUCCCCUGUGCAUAGCGAACGGCGUUUUUGGUUAAGAGGGAUACUCUGGGCUUCUCACCCCGCUCGGGUUUGGAGCGGAUAUAUAUGGGCUAGCGCGGAGCGGAUGUGUUUCCGGCGACGUUGAUCUUGCAUGGAUUGGGUUUUAUGGUUUAGAAGAUAUUUGGUAUGGGACAGGCGACGACACGCUUACGAGCGUUGUUAUUAAAGGGUGCGAUUUUUAUCACCUGGCGAGGCGGCUGGUUGGCCCAGGUUCUUGGUGUGUGAAGGGUGCUGGCUGGCUAAGCUCUGCGCCAAGUAGUCAGGGAGUGGAAACAAGCUUCUUCCAAGUGGCCAAAAUGCAUCUCAAAUGACUUUCGCUCGAUUCUGCAUGUUCACUUUUGCAGAAGCCGAACCUGUGAAA